CAACAUGAAUUCAUUAGUGGUUCUAACGGGUCUAUUGACUUUGGUAUCGUCCGAGCCAAUUCUGAAAACUUCGGCUCAUAAUUAUCAUGCAAAUAUUGGUAUGCCUAAGGCUGAGAAGUUGGCACAAAUAGAAUCAGCGACUGACUUCGACGGAGCUCGGAUUGUUGGUGGUGAGGACUCUGUUUUGGGUAGAACUCCACACUUGGGUGGUAUCAUCAUUUCUCUAACAAAUGGCAAAAGUUCGGUCUGCGGUUCCUCUCUGCUUUCUAACACCAAGGUUGUGACCUCUGCCCACUGCUGGUGGGAUGGAACAUACCAAGCAAGGCGCUUCACCGUGGUGUUUGGCUCCUUGAGACUGUUCUCUGGUGGAAUUCGUGUGAAUACUGACGAUGUGGUCGUCCAUCCUCUAUGGAAUCCUAGCAAUUUAGACAGUGAUGUGGCUGUUGCUACUAUAAUGCAUGUUAAUUACAAUGACUACGUCAAGCCAAUCGCCUUGUAUUCUGGAGAUGCCCUGCAUGUUGGUAUCUGGGCGUCGACAGCCGGUUACGGCACAACAUCUGACUCCCAAACGAGUAUUUCACAAGCCACAACCCAAAAACACGUGAGCUUGAGAGUGAUCUCAAAUGCUGAGUGCAGACGUACAUUCAGGUUCAUAGCUGACACCGUAAUAUGUGUCACCACUCACAACGCAGCCAGCACAUGCGCUGGUGAUUCUGGUGGCCCUCUAGAUAUUGGCGAAGGAGACGAGAGAACUCUGAUCGGUAUUAACUCAUUCACCCACAAGGAGGGCUGUCAGCAUGGACACCCGGUUGCCUUCUCCAGAGUAUCAUCUUUUUACGCCUGGAUUACCAGCCGACUAUAAAUUCGAAAAUGUGUCAAAAUAAAUCAUUAUGCAGU